AUGGAUCCGAGUCCAUCCUUCUCAACAGAUGUUAGCGUCUUCCACACCAACGAACCAGAGUUGCCACUCCACAAGCCGUCUGGGAAGGGCCAGAAACGUCGACCAAGCUCCUCAUGCCCAGAUGAAGGUCCAACAGGUGUAAAGAGGCCAAAGCUAUCACACACCGCCUUCACAGAAGCUGCCGAAAGGGCUGUUUCAUCGUCAAGGGCAAGCACAACGGUCCACACUGGAUGCGUCACACAUGAUUCCCCCAAAGACCCUCUGUUCGAUAAUGAUACUGUCGAUUACGUGACAGAAGAUACUUCCCUGAUGGCCGAAGGAGAGGUGGAUCAUCAACAUAUGCUUCCCCAGAAUACCGGCUCAGCAGCGGGCACCGAGGAUCUCAACCAAGAUCUUGCCCAGAUUGGAACCUUUGUGGACGAGGAGGCGAUCACCGAAGCUCUUCUCACAGCUCUAGAGGAAGUCCUGGAUGAUGUGGCAUCUAGGUUGGAGGGGAUAUUGAGGGCUGCUGAUGCGGUUCUCCCCGAUCUUAGAUCAUCCGUCAAUACCGGCGGACGUGGUGAUAUAUGGCUCGGGUCCGCACCAAUCUUUGAGGUGUCAUGCUGCUUGAGGCCGCUGUCAGUAUGCAGGAAAUCUCGUGUUGUCUGUCGUUUCGGAGUUGUGAACUGUGGCGCCAAGGGCUCCAGAGGCCGACAAAUCGACAAGAACCGAUGGUCCGAGAGGUUAGCACAGAUACUAGACACAAUCCUAGUGAAAUUUUCUGUUGAAACAGCGUAUCAUGCUUCUGAAUUCUCAGUGACAGUUUAG